AUGGAAAAUAAGGAUGGCACCCCAAAAGAAGCAAAAGAUUACUACUCUAGAUCAAUAUGGUGGUCAGAAACAUCACAAGCUUUUGAGGAUUACAAAAAUUGUAACAGAAAUGGAACUUAUAGCUUCCAAGAAAUUAUGACACCAGAAAUCUCGGAAACAUUUGGAGAUCUCAAAAGCUUAACUAGUAAGAGAAACAUAGUUAAUGAAAUAGUAUCAGACACCACUGGUAGCGAUGAAAACGAUAAAUUUGUUGUUCCUUAUUCUAUACAAAUAUUGUCGACGGAGAUCGUCGAAAUAGUUGAGGAUGGGAAGAGCAUAACAAUCAACAAAGAUAGAAGAGUUGAUGAUCUUUAUGUUGCUGUUGGAGAAGAUGAUUUGGAUGUUGUGAAAUGGGCUCUUGAUCAUGCUGUUUCUCCUGGUGCAAGGAUUUUUCUUGUUCAUGUCUCUCCUCCAAUCACAUUGAUUCCAACGCCAGUUGGGAUGCUUGAAAGAAACCAACUGACUCCGCAACAAGUAAGACGUUACCUAAAUGAAGUGAACAAUAAGAGGAAAGAUCUUUUGCAGAAUUAUAUCCAGCUCAGUAAUGAAGCCAAGGUAACUGCAGACACAUUGAUUCUUGAAAGCAAACAUAAAGGAAAAGCCAUUUUGGAUCUCAUCUCUAUUCUUAACAUAACCAACCUUGUAUUAGGAAUCAAAAAGCUUCCCUGCAAAAGGGGCAAUGAUAAAUUAAGUGAAGGAGAGUUUGUAAAGAAAAAUGCACCAAAGACAUGUGAUGUUACAUUAAUUUACAACGGCAAUGUAUUUGUGUCUGACGCUUGUUUAGGUGAAUUUCCAUACUACGGUUCAUUAUCACAAAAUAAAGAUCACUCAAAACGCAGCUUCUUUCAUCAGUGUAUCUGCUUUUCAGGAUGCGUGGGGGAAGACAAGGAUAACUAG